AUGUCCGAUACGCCACAAGGAGAGGCCCAAGCUGGCGCUGCCGAGCAUCUCAACAUCAAGGUCACCGAUAACAACAAUGAGGUUUUCUUCAAGAUCAAGCGGUCUACGCAGCUUAAGAAGCUUAUGGAUGCCUUCUGUGAAAGGCAAGGAAAACAGGCCUCCACCGUCCGUUUCCUUUUUGACGGCACCCGAGUGAGACCGGAGGACACGCCUGACACUUUGGAUAUGGCGGAUGGUGACACUCUCGAAGUCCACCAAGAGCAGAUUGGAGGUUAG